GGGGAACGGCGGCUUUACGUAUAUUUGUAUGGGUGUUCGCGUGCCCAUACGAGCGCGUGUUCCGGUUCGUUUAAGUUGAGUUCAACAACGUAUACCCUCUGGCGUGACAGGCCGGAUCGUGUCAAUCAAUGCAAUCAUGAACGUCUUGGCUUCCUAGUCUUAAGAAGCAGCCUCGCGCACAAGGAGCUUGAAAGCCCGAAGCUUCCGCAAUGUUGGCAGCCAGCCAAAAACCCGAUUUUAAGAAAUAUUUUUCAUGGCAUAAAUUUUACCUUGGAAGAGGCGAGACUCUUUCCGCGAAUGAUUUACUCGAAGACCAGAUGAUGCGUCAUAAUUCGACAACUUUACGAAUAUGGAAGAGGCCACCUCCAUUCUCUUCGAUUACAGUGAUGAUAUUCACUGAACAAGAGAAGAGGUUGCACGGCAAGUGCAGCAGCUCGUAAAGUGGUGGUCACGCUGAACUUCAGAGCUCGUGGCAGUCAUAUGACCGACCCCAGGGUGCUUCUUAGGCUCAGCGAACGAAACGAAUGGCA